AACAGGAGGCGAAGUGGAGCGGAGCGAGCUGCGGAGAUUAGUCCCGGUUUUUGACGGUGUUCUCCCGCAGCACAGGAAGACAACAUUCCGCUGUCCCCUACCAGGAGCCGACACCCUCCUUCUUCCUCCUCCUCCUCACCGAGAGGACAGAGAGCGGUACGGGAACAGAGGCCGGCCCACACGGUUAAUUCACAGGGCGAGUGCGAGGAGAACCGGGACGACGCAGCUGUGCUCGGCCGCCUCCCUGUCGAAGGAAUCCGGUCCAGGGUGAGAAAAGACUGUGCCGAGCGGCUGAUGUUCAACAAGAGCGAGAGGCAGACGAGCAGACGAGCAGACGAGCGGCUCUGAGGACAGCUGGAGAGAAUUACACCCAAACUGAGGAAAUAUAAUCCCAGCGUUCACACUGAACUUCUCUCUGUGGAUUUUUCUCUUCACUGUUUUACAUUUUUUUUUUAACCACGUCUGUUUUGAGAGAAGGGAAACAUUCACUGAAACAGACAUUCAUUUCUUUUUUUUUUGAGAGUGAGAGUGAUGAAUGUUUGACCUGGACAUCUGCCUAAAGACAUGAGUGACUGGGUGGUUUUUCUCUUUUUUCUGAACCUUUUCACUGCCAGAUUUGUGAAACUCUGGAAGCCGAAGGGGGAUUUUUUCUUUUCUCGCAUUCAAAUUGCGCAAUCUGUGUUCUUACCUCUCUGUUAUCUCACUUUGUCUUUUUCUGACAACGUUUUGUUUCUGGUGAAACGAACAGGCUGAACUGUGGUUUCUCUGCCAUGAGCCUGAGCAGCAUUUAAAUUCCACUUUAUCUUUUACGAGAGGACAAGUCCUCCCUUGUGCGCGUGAGUGUGCAUCUUUUGUCACUGUCCCUCUGCGAUACAUUAGCACGUCUCAGGGGACAGUAAUUCGCCCUGUGUGUGUGUCUCUUCUGGGAAACAUGGGAUCAGAAAAGGACUCAGAGUCGCCGCACUCCUCUGUGAGCGGCGUCCCCAACCCUAAGUGCCGAGCGGCGGGCAAACGCCAGGGCCGCAUCUCCUUCCACAGCCUUUUCCACAGCAAACGGGGCUCUCGGGGCACAAGGGGCUCCAAAGGAGCAGCGGCCACCCCUUUAUCACAUCUUCACCAACACACUCAACAACAGCUCCUGCCUUCUGCCUUGAGUCCACCGCCCAUUGCAACCUCAGCUACAUCCACAUCCACCACCACCACUGCCGCCGCCACCACCACAGCCACUACGAGCCCCCAGGAUGCUGCUGCCUCCAGCUCUCCACCGAAGCCACUCUCCUCCAGCCAGCCGUCGCUGGGUGGAGCCCCCUCCUCUGGGGAGGCCGCCCUCCUCGAGUGCCCGCUGUGCCUGGUGUGCCAGCCCGCCGACCAGCUCCCCGAGCUGCUGGGCUGCAGCCACCGCUCCUGCCUCUGCUGCCUGCGACAGUACCUCCGCAUUGAGAUCACCGAGAGCCGAGUCCAGCUCAGCUGCCCCGAGUGCGCGGAAAGACUGGUCCCGCGCCAGGUGGCGGACAUCUUGGACGAUGCGGCCCUGCUGGAGAAGUAUGAGGAGUUCCUGCUGCGAAGGUGCCUCGCCUCCGACCCGGACUGCCGAUGGUGCCCUGCGCCUGACUGCGGCUUCGCCGUCAUCGCCUCAGGCUGUGCCAGCUGUCCCAGGCUGGUUUGUGGCAGAGAGGGCUGCGGCGCCGAGUUCUGCUACCACUGCAAACAGGCCUGGCACCCCAACCAGACCUGCGACUCUGCUCGCCAGCAGAGGGCGCAGUCCCUGCACACCCACAGCAACCACUCGCCCAGCUACACACAGGAGCAGGGACCUGCAGAUGACAUCAAACCCUGUCCUCGCUGCGGCGCCUACAUCAUCAAGAUGAACGAUGGCAGCUGUAAUCACAUGACCUGCGCCGUCUGCGGCUGCGAAUUCUGCUGGCUCUGCAUGAAGGAGAUCUCCGACCUGCACUACCUCAGUCCAUCCGGCUGCACUUUCUGGGGGAAGAAGCCUUGGAGCAGGAAGAAGAAGAUUCUGUGGCAGCUGGGCACUUUGAUCGGAGCUCCAGUCGGCAUCACCCUCAUCGCGGGCAUCGCUGUUCCCGCCAUGGUCAUCGGCAUCCCCGUUUACGUUGGCCGCAAGAUCCACGCUCACUAUGAGCUGAAGAAGGCGUCUCGUCACAGGAGGAACCUGGCCAUCACCGGAGGCGUGGCCUUGUCCAUCAUCACUGCGCCCGUCAUCGCAGCUGUCAGCGUGGGCAUCGGUGUCCCGAUCAUGUUGGCCUAUGUUUACGGCGUGGUGCCCAUUUCUCUGUGUCGAGGUGGAGGCUGCGGCGUGAGCCGAGGAAAAGGACGAGGCGUACGCAUCGACUUUGACGAGGAUGACGGUCCAAUCACAGUGGCGGACGCGUGGCGCGCGCUCAAGUCCCCGAGCCUCGGCGAGAGCAGCCUGGACGGCGCGGUCAGUGGUCUGAGCACCACGUCCCCCAGUGAGGGCCUCUCUGUGGCCCCUGGGACUCUGGGAGACACGCCGCACUUCAACACUCUGGCAGGUGGAGCUCUGGGAACUCGCACUGGAAAAUACAGCAGGCUGGAGGUUCAAGCAGCAGAGUUGGCUAAAGAAUCUGCUCAGAGGGAGACGGGCAGCCUGGGAGCAGGAAGUGACUGUGCCAGCACCAGAGGAAUGGCUGGAUCCAUCAUCUCCUCCUACACGCUACCUGACAGGGAGUGCACCAACCUGGAGAUCCAGGUGGACAUCGAGACCAAACCCAGCCAUCUCUGCCUGACCAGUGAAGAGGACCUGACCCCGCCUCCGGGCUCCGCCACGAUAGCGGCGACCUUGGGCGGGGAGGAGCCUCAGGACUGCAGCUCCAGAAGGGGCGGGGCGUUGUCGGACUCCGUGCUGGGACUGUCGCCGGGGGUGUCAAUCAGGGAGGGGCUCAGAGACGUCACCCUGGCUCAGCCGGAGAGCAUCCGCAGCGACCUGGAGAUGUCGGACACGCAGUCGGACGACAUCGCUGAGCUGACAUCGGAUGACUGCGACUCGCCGCACCCCAAGAGCUGCCACCUGGUGGCCGCCGGGCCGCAACCGCAGCCUCCGUCCUGUCGAGCUCUGAACCCGUCCACCGAAGGCCUUCACUGUCCCGCGGACAGCAACGUCAUCCUCUACGUCUGAGAGAAGACUCAGGAUUGCACAAGAAAACAACAACAACAACAACAACAGCCCAAAACGAAUCGCGCGACAUUUACAUGACAAAACUCUCAAGCUUUUUUCUUCUGUUGUCAUUUUCAUAUUUUUGCUGCUUUUCUGCUACUUCACAGACAUGUUUGUUUACUUCUGUCUGUCUUAUCUUUCUACCUGUCAAUCUCCUCACAGAGCAUAUUGUCAGGGUUCUACCUCUGAGAUUUAUAAGAUGACCAUUUAUGUUUACUCCUUGGUGCAAAAUGCCUUGGCUACUGAAGCAAAAAAAGAAAAAAAAAACAAGAAAAAGAAAAGAGGUACAAAUUUUCCACAAGAAAAAACUAAAAAACAAAAAAUAUGGUGAAGGUGAAGUGUCACCGAGCACAGCAGAGGGAGUCGGAUUGUUGGGAUGUUCAUGACAACACGAUGAGUGAAUGAAUGUGGACUUUGUACGCGACUAUCGUGGCUUUAUUUUACUCUGUGUUCUUUUUUCUCCCCCCUCCCCCCGCCCUCUAUUUAUAUUCAGACGAUGUUGAAAAUCACAUCAUUCGCCAUGUGUGCAUGAGUCUGCAUGAGCCGUGACAGAUUGAAAAAAAAGAAAGAAAGCAAGUUUCUUUUGCACUGGUGAAAGUUCACGUUUAUGUAAAAGAAAGACAAGAAAAAAAGCUGCACAUGAGGAGGAAGGAGGGAGGGGGCAUGGCCAAAAAUAUAGUCCAUUAUGACCGAGUUCUGACAAUGACGUAGAGCAGUAGUCCCCAAAUCCUGGUUCGGGACCCACGGAUGGGUCAUGGAAGAGUUCUUAUGGGUCCCCCCCCCUAAAAUGUUCCAACCAUUUAAAGAAAGAUUUAUGUGUAUUUUUUUAUUAAUUUAAGGAAAAUUGGAUUCAUAAACACUGACGUAUGAUUAUUUGUUUUUUAGUCCAAAAAAUAGUGGCAAAUAUUGAUCAGUGUCU